GGACACGUAACAACGUGGACGUGUACAUGGAAUGCGAUGGGUGUCGUGUAGAAACACCGUCAAGUGCGAGGUGGUGUAAGAAGUUAGGAGUGUGGGGGUGUAAGGAAUGUCUCUAGUAUGGCCUAGCUAAUGUUAAAUGAUGCGAAGGUCGCUUAGAGGAAGGCGGCAAGGAAGAGGGCAGCGGCGCCAACGAGGCCAGUCGAGGCGGCAAUGCGGCCAGCCGACGAAGUGCCCGAAGGCGAGGCGGCAGCGGCAGCCGAGCCCGAAGCGGCGACAGAGGCCGAAGCGGGCCGGGCAGAGCCAGAGCUGGCGGCGGCGGCACCAGCCGACGAGCCGGCGGCAGCGGGGGAGCUGGCAGCGGCGGGCGAACCCGAAGCGGCAGCGGGAGACGAGGCAGCGGGCGAAGCGGCGCCAGAGCCAGCGGCGGCGCCGGCACCGGCACCGGUGCCGGCGUCAGCGCCAACCGAGUCAGAGCCCGAGGUGCUGAUCAGUUAGCUGGGGCCUGCAAGGAAGGGAAGAGUAAAAACUCACCUAGAGGCGCCGUCGAGGCACUUGGUGUCGGAGCCGGCACGAACAGAGACGGCCUGGGCGUAGUUGAUGGCACCGUUCGAGUCCUUGACCUGCAUCGAGAUCGAGGUGCCGGCGGGGAGGUCAACGGUCCAGGUGAGCUCGGUGCCGGUCUGCUGUCCCCAGUCCUUGA